UCGGUGAUGUCGUGGGUUCAAAGUACUCCCUUGGUCCAGGGUCCCGGAGAAGAGGGGGACGUGUUUGACGAGGAAGCGGACGAGUCGCUCCUGGUGCAGCGGGAAUGGCAGAGCCACAUGCUGAGACGAGUCAAAGAAGGUUACAGAGAUGGAAUAGAUGCGGGCAAAGCAGUUACUCUUCAACAAGGCUUCAAUCAAGGUUAUAAGGAAGGUGCAGAAGUGAUUAUAAACUACGGGCAACUCAGAGGAACAUUGAGUGCUUUGCUCUCCUGGUGUCACCUUCAUGAUAAUGGUUCGGCUCUGAUCAGUAAAAUAAAUAGUCUUCUGGAUGCAGUUGGCCAGUGUGAAGAGUAUGUGCUCAAACAUCUGAAAUCAAUCACAUCUCAGCCCCAUGUGGUAGAUUUAUUGGACUCUAUUCAGGAUAUGGACCUUGGUCAUGUAGCUCCAGCUGAGAAAAAGAUGGAUGAAGGUAAAGAUGAAAGACUCUGUGAAAAUAAUGCUAAGCUUCACAAAAACUGUGGCAAGAGUCUUAGUGAGGCAGAUUGUUCAUCUCUAGAAUGUUGUAGAAUACAGGAGCAGCCACAUUCUGAAAACCCAAGCCUCACAUGGAUUUUAGAACAGACAGCCAGUUUGGUCAAACAGCUGGGAGUAUCACUCGAUGUAUUACAGCACCUCAAACAAUUAUAAAAACUCUCUUCAUGUUUCUAAUGAAAGUAAUGUUGAGAACAUUUGUUGGAACACUUUGUUUCUUAACAAACUAACCAAAAUUUGUAGUGGUUUCUACAUGGAACACAUCACUUGUAGGUUAUCCAUCAUGGAAGUUUGAAAUGUCUUCAAAAUUAACACUAUUAAAUGUAAUAAGAGCUUUUUUUCUUUGUCAUUGUCACUGGUAAUUUUUAUGUACUUUAAGGUACACUCAGAAACUCUAGUUGUGACGAGUUUCUGAUCAAAAUCAGGCAUUUUCAGACUCAUUAGCAAAAGUGAACAACAAUCAAAUGCAUUUUGUAAGGACCUAGCUCUGCUUUCUCCUCUUGUCACUCUCAGGUGAUUAGGACAGUAUCACCAAUUAAUCAGACCAAAGUUACCAUUAAAUAGCCUGGUGGAUAACACUGUAAAUAGCCACGCAUAGGUGUAUAGAAAUAUAUAUAUUGAAAUUAAGAGGCUAUAAGUAUAAGAAACUGAAGAAAUGUUUAUACUGAUGAUUUAAAAACUACUAAAAUUCAUUUUAGUUUUGUGUUAAAGGCAAGGACAUACAAUUCUAUGGAAAAUACAAAAUAUAUUUCAUGUUCAAAGUACCUACUUAGUUUUUCCAAGUAUUAAUGAGUUAGGAGUUGUGUUAUCCAGCAAUGUGCCAGAUUAUUUCUAAACUGCAGUUUGUCUUACAUAUUCACAUAGUAGUAAAACACUGAAACCACUGACUUCUGUAUUACCUCGUAGCAAUAUUCUUUGUCUAGCAUAGACAAAAUUAGAUUAAGCUUUUGCUCUAGGACCUAAGCAUAUAAAAUCAGGAAAGGAAUUUUCAGCACUUCCUUGGCCUAAAACACGAAGUUGUGUGAGGUGCCUGCCGUCAAAGGCAUCCAAAUAAUUGCUCUUUGUCAAUGGCCUCAAUUGCUUUUUCACCAGUAUUUAUAUCUAGUAUCUACUCUAAAAGACAGGCAUACUAAGAUGGAGAAUCCAACAUCUUUCAAGAGAUUAAUAAAAUAUUCUGUUGUGAUCUUACCACCUCCUGAAAGUUCAUAGAACAUGAGAAAUUAAAGCAACAAAUUUGAAGUCAGAAGACCAUAUACUGGGGUGUCUGGCUGGCCCAGAGGAGCAUGUGAUUCUUGACCUAGGGAUGGUGAGUUCAAGCCCCACACUGGGUGUAGAGAUUACUUAAAAUCUUUAAAAAAUAAUAAUAGUAAGUUAAAAAUAAAAAGACCGUAUACUGUUUUAGGAUUUCUAAAACAUGCUAAAGAUAACCAAGUGCCAUUUGACAUCACCUUUAAAAAAAAAUGCUUAUAUCUCUCUAGAUUAAACACUAUUUCAGAGAUUUACUAAUUUGUCUUGUUACAUAUUCUUUUCUGUGUUUAUGGAUACAGCCAAAAUCUCAAAUCCACAUGGAAUAUUAUAAACAGUCUCUAAGUCUGAAAGUGUUGUUCUGCCCUGCAUAUUAGAUAUGAAAUGUCCAUCCCUAAUGAUGCCUCUCAAGAAAGUCACCCUGAGUGAAAAUUUCACAAGUGCAAUAAAGAGAUUUUAUCUGGGCUCACCCUGCUAAGGUUCUCUGAAGAUAACACCCCUUGCCACCAUUGAUAAUAUGGUGUUUUUGUGCAGAUGUUCAUAAAGAAGGAAAUCAAGAGAAUUAGCUGAGUGGAUGGGGCUGUUGGUCAAAAACAUCUCUUAAAAUUGCUUUGCCUUUUAAAGACAAGUUUGUGGACUGCAGAGGAGUAUUAAUGGUAUGCUAAUUAUACCUGUGUUCAAUGAACGUGAGUAAGGGAAAGAAACCUUGCUCGCAUUAUGUGUUUUGCUUUGACACCUCUGCUAUAGGCCUGCCAGUUCUUGUCAUGAAGGACCCUAGCCAACCAUAAUGGUAAAGCAAGACUGCCCCAGAGUGGGCACAGCCCGACACUCAAGGCCCAAAACCCAUACAUUAGGCCUGAGUGAUGUGGCUUCCUUACAAACAGGAUUUUCACCUUAAAUAAUUUCUAGAUGCUGAAAUACCCAGAGCUUUUUUGUUUGUUUUAAUGGGAGGGAGAGUCCACAAUACUCUGCUUUCUGGACAUUUCAGUUGCUAGAGCUGCUGAGGCCACCAAAGUGUUUGUGAUACACAAGCAGGAAGUGGGCAGCUGAAGUUACCUACCUGCAUCCUUAUCUCAGUUAUAUCCUUAGCACUGCUUGUUAACUGCUUCUGUGGUACAUCAAAACAAAAGCUUUGAAACAAAUCCAAGUUGGGAUUCUCCCCCAUCUCCAAAUUAAAGUUAAAGCUUUACGUUCCCGUCUAAGAGGGGCAUGCAGAUAUAUAUAGGAAUAGUCCUUAACGUGUUUUAAUAAUCUUGUUAAUUUCAGACCAAUGGAUGUAGUAAAUGUCCAAUGCUCUGUUAAUAAGCUAUCAGGCCUUUUGCUCUACAGAAAUUCUCAAAUCUUCGCCAUGACGAUACUUCACCCGCAUAGUUUGCCCUUCUUGCAUCUGCUGUCCCACACUUCUCCCAGCAAACCCCCUGGAAGAGGAAUCUGCUGUCGCUCCCUGAUUGCUUUCUCCCCAUUCACUCCUCAGCUUCAAACUGCUUUUUUGCUAGGGUCACCUAUAGCUGAAGUCCCAGAACUGCCCCUCAAUGAGUUGUCUCCUCCAUCCCUGGACAUGAUGACCGUCCCUCCACGGCCUUCUGCAGCAGCACUGUUUCUUCUGUUCUCUCACUGUUGCCUAUCAUUUUGCUAAGUCCCCUUCUCUACCUGCCUGAGGAUUCCACAGAAUUUCAUUCUUGGACCUUUUUUUGUCUUUGUACUCUAACCAGAUCAUCUCCUUUGUUCCCACGGUUUCGAUUAUAAUCCUAAAGCUAAUAUUACAACCCCUGUUUCUCUCCCAAGCCCUAGACCUGUAUUUCCAACUGCAGUCUCUCUUGCCUGUCUCAGUGGCUUAGCCGUACGUGUCUAAAACACCUCCUUUCCAUCUUCUCUCCUCCCUCCCGUCCCAAACUGCUUCGCCUUUCAUAUUUUCAGUCUUUUAAUGUCAUCUCUGUUUACUCAAAGCUAGGAACCUUUUUUUUAAUUGAGAUAUAAUUGAUAUAAAAUAUAGUAUAUUAGUUUCAGGUGUACAGUACAAUGAUUCAAUAUUUGUAUAUAUUGCAAAGUGGUCACCACAAUAAGCCUAAUUAACAUCCAUCACCAUACAUAGUUACAGUUUUUUUUCUUGUAAAGAGAACUUUUAAGAUCCACUCUCUUAGCAGCUUUCAAAUAUACAACACAGUGUUGUUAAUUAUAGUCACCACACUUUACAUUACAACCCAUGACAUUGAUUUUAUGACUGGAUGUUUGUAAAAGCUAGAAAUGUUUAAGUCUUUCUCUUUCCUUUGCUGUCAUACCCUACUUCCAAUUGGGAGUUUUUGCAUCUUUAGAACAUACCUUGAAUCUGGCCACCUUUCUAUUCACUGGAUUUUAAUUAACCUUUGCACCGGCCUCAUCACUAAUGUCAGUACCUCCAAUCUAGUGCUCUUCCUGUUCGUGCUCCACUGCCACCAUUAUCUACCUGAACAGUUUCCUUCUAGAGUUUAGAGCCUAUACCUCUUCCCUUUUUUUCUAUUGGAUAAGUUAUAAACUUGAGUUUCAUUUCUGGACCUAAGCUGCAUUGUCAGUCUGAUUUCCCAUCAUGCCUCCCGCUCCACCAUGCACAUUACGCUUCUUUAUGAACAAUACUGUCUGCUUUAUGGACAGUUCCCAACUUCUAAACUUACUCACUGCUGACUCUUCUUCCCAGAAUACAUUAUUCCACAUCCUUCCUUCCCAGAAAAUUCCUAUAUCCUAUAUCCUAUAUCCUUCAGUACCAGCUCAGAUUUCAACUUUCUCAGGCAGAGUUGGUUGCUCUUCCCAGUAUGCCUUCAUCAUUUUGAGUAUCUCAGACUUCAAAUUUAUUCAGGAAAUUGCCUUAUUCAUUGUUACAUCCCCAGUACUUAGCAUCAUACCCUAUACUUAGAUGCAUAGGUGGUGCUUGAUGAGAAAGAGAGAGAGAAAAAAAAAAAAAUGACUCUACUAGCCAAAAUGAAAAUAAAACCAGAAAUUUAGGAUUCAAAAAUAUGUCCUGUUCUUUUGUUUUGGGAAAGGAAAAGGAACGUUUGUAUUUCAUUAAAAAAAAAAAUGUUUCUUUCAUUUGUAUGUUAAUAAAAUCCAUAUACCCAAAUUGUGUAUCAUCUUAUACAAGGCUAAAUAGUAGCAUUAAGACAAUACUACUUACCACUCAUUUAAAAUUGCGCUAACAAAGGGGCACCUGGGUGGCUCAGUUGGUUAAGCGUCCGACUUUGGCUCAGAUCAUGAUCUCGCAGUUUGUGAGUUUGAGCCCCGCAUCAGGCUCUGUGCUGACAGCUCAGAGCAGCUGGAGCCUGCUUCGGAUUCCAUGUCUCUCUCUCUGUGCCCCUCCCCCACUCGUGCACUGUGUCUUUCUCUCUUAAAAAUAAAUAAACAUUAAAAUAAAAUUGCACUAACCAAAUUGUGAUGUCACAUUUAAAGAUACAAAAUUACAUUUGGAGUACAGUUUCAGCUCUUAAGAAAUGGCAGAAAGAAACCAUGAGAGGUGAAAACCGGAAAGAAACACAAAAAUACUUGUUUUUAGCAGGAUGUCUGGUGCAUAAUAUCUGAUAGCAGGAAGGAGUUGGAGGGAAUGGAGGAGUGGGAAAGAAAUCGCUAACAAAUACAGUGUUUACAAGAUACAGGCACUGUUCUGAAAACUUUGCAUACAUUAAUUUGCUUCGUUCUCAUAACAACCCCAUGCAGCAGAGCUAUUAAUUAUCCCCAUCCUAGCGAUGAGGAAACUGGGGCACUGAGAAGAUGAAGCCGCUUUUCCAAUUCACAGUUAUUAAAUGGCCCAGUUGAGAUUUAAAGCAAGGCAAAUCUAGUUCCACAGUUUGUGCUCAGGGUAGAUGUGUGGUGAAUAAUAACCCAGUAGCAGGGGCCAUGUUUAGUAGAGGGACUAUGGACUAUAUUUUCCCCUCACUGUUAAUUUCUACUUUUCUGCAGUUUUCAAAUGUCCAGUCAGCAAGUAUUAUUUUUAUAAUAAAAUGUCAUGUGAUAAUCAGCAGCUCCAAAGAAUGAAAAAUUUACCAGAAAUCUGUUUGCUAUAUAUCUAGAAAAAGAAAAAUACCAUUUCCCUACUGGGGGAAGAGAACCUUUAGGAAGUGGUAUAGAAAGUUGUGUUUAGCAUAUUCAGAAAUUGAAUUCUCCUUAGACUCCUUAGACUUUCUACACUUCUCAUAGAGAGGAUAAUUUGUGCCACCUAUUUUCUGAUAAUGUUUCUUGAGCUUUCUAAAUUCCUACUUAACUUUCAAAAACAGUUAGCUCACUGCAUUGCUAGAGAUCUGCCAAAAAGAGCCAAGUGUCCUUAACAUACGCCAAACUUUAUUUCCUUGCCCUAUAAAUAGUGUGAUCUCUCCAGAAGGAAUGUUAACAAAGUAUGACAAGAUCCACCUGUGAUGGAUUCAAUUCUGCGGAAGUUGAAUCCUCCUUGUUCUUUCAUGCUUGGGUAGGCAACUCACCUCUGAGAGAGAGGCCCUCCUGUCUGGAUCCUGUUUAUUUCCAAGGAGCUGCUGAAUUGGUUGGCCACUGGGUGGUGCUGUGCAUCGUGCUAUGUGAUGUCCUCUUUGCUUAGUCUUUGCGGUCACAAGGACAAGACUGAUUAUUAUCCCUAAAGCCAGGCCAAACAGAUUGAGUCAUUUCUAACACUGGGUGAGUAGGGAGAGUUUUCUGAAGAAUGUCAAGAAACUCAAAAAAUGAGGAUGCCCCCACCUUUUUAAUUCUAGGUUGAGAAUUUUUCUAAAUCAAAAUAACCAAUCAUAAGGAACCCUGUUCCCAAGAAAAAGCACCUUUUAUUCUCCAAAUCCCUGAGGCCUAAAAUUAAAUAUCUAGACCGCAAUAUAUAUGGCUUUUAUCAGAAUUGAUAUAAAAUUAUAAUUUCACAUGCUUGAAGUAUCUAUUUUGUCAGGCAGGACUGUGCCUAAAGUGUUUCAAACAAUCUCUCUCUCCCUCCUUCUCCACCUCUCUCUUUAGCUCUCUCUCUUCCUCUACCUCUCUCUCUCUGUGUCUCUCUCUACCUCUGUCUCUAUUCUGUAUCUCUAUCUCUCUAUCUCUAUCUCUCUCUUUCUCUCAAACACAACUUCUCAGGGAAAGACAACUUACUUUGUUAACCUAUCAAAUAUAUAACAGCCCUUUUUUUAGUCAACAAAUCUACGGCCAAAUAGGUUUUCCUCACAUCAAAUGGAACUCUUUCCAGCUACUAUUAAGCCUGUUUUCUUAGGACGUGCCUAGGCACCAUUAUGUAAUAUUGCUUUGUUGCUUAUAAAAUAAGUAUGUAAGUUCUAUAAGAAUUUUUUUUGGCAUAAAAUAUAAAUAACUUGUCAAAUCCUUUGUAAUAAUAAGAGUGAUUUGACAACAAUAGUACUGACAGUCCUUGCCAAUAAAGCAAAACUGAGCUGAAAUGGGGAUAUAAUAUAAAUAACCUGAAAAUAAAAGAUGUUUCUUUUUCUUCUUUGGAAACAUUGCAAAACAUUUCUUUUCAAAUCAGACCCUAAAAUAACCAGGGACUCUUAUUUGUGAUUAUAAACUUUAUGGUAAAACAUCAAAUGAUACUUGGGGCGCCUGGGUGCCUCAGUUGAUUGAGCAUCCGACUUCGGCUCAGGUCAUGAUCUCACGGUUCAUGUGCUCGAGCCCUGCAUCAGGCUCUGUGCUCACAGCUCAGAGCCUGGAGGCUGCUUCUGAUUCUGUGACUCCCUCUCUCUCUGCCCCUCCCCUGCUUGCGCUGUCUCUGUCUCUCAAAAAUAAAUAAAUGUAAAAAAAAAUUAAAAAGAAAACAUCAAAUGAUACUUUAGGAAUCCUCAGUGAGGAAGUCACUUACUUAUUAAAAACUAACCAUAAAUUUUUGACUUGUAGUAGAUAUUCCUGUUAUGGAGUUGAUUGUGGAAAGAAAACCCAUUUAAUGCACUUAGACAUUUAAAUCCCAAGUGGGAGCCAAUUAAACUAUUGUCAUUUGAAAUCAUUUUGUUUUGCUAUUCAAGAUGCCAAAUAAUUUAUAAUCAGUCUGUGUUUUAAUCUUCUUCUAGAACUGUAUCAGGUUCAUAUGAAGUCUGCAUUCUGGCAGUGUUCAUUAUGAUUAUGACCCCAUUUGUCAGCUCAGAGGCCAUUUUUACUUCUGUCCAUGUGCUAGGACAAAGGACUGCCUUCAUGAAGGUAGCAGCAGCACCGAGAUCAGAGAUGUGACCCAUGUUCACUCAGCUGCUCACAGGCUCUACCUCUUUAGUGUGAACAUGAGACUCCUGACCUCAUCACAGGUUACUGCUGUCGCCAAGGAAGUAACCAAGGGACGACUGGAGAAAGGUCAGGCAGAGUAAGUAGCCAUUAACAUACUGUUCCGUUGAUGGAAAGAAUGAGUGGAGAGGCUGACAAGCACACUGAAGAUCAGUACAGUUUUUGGUUUGAUACAGUGGGGUAUGUAUCAAAUCAAAGAUGCCCUACCUCUAGGAUUUGAUCUAAGGAAAUAAUCAAACAGGUAAUAAAAACUCAGCACAAAGAUACUCAUGGCCACAUUCCAUCUCGAGAGAAAAAAACAACCUAAGUGAACAACCCUAAAAGAAUAGCUAAGGAAAUUAUAAUCCAUGUAUUCACAGAAGUGUUACACACCCAUUAUAAGUUAUCAUAAUGAGAAAAAAGGAAGAUACUUAUGGGGUAUUUGUAAGUGAAAGCCACUGUAAAAAUGUCACAUACCUAUGUGGACAAAUUACAUUCAAAAAUGUGCAUUUUACAGAUAAAAACUGCAAGAUUAUUCUCAGAUAUAGUGAUGUAUUAAUGUGGUAGGAUUAGAGGAGGUUUUUUUUUUCUUCUUCUUCAGAAUUUUCUUUUAUGUUGUGCUGUUUUACGAUAAGAAAAGAAAAAUAUUUGGAAAACUCUUCAUUUUUAAGAACCAUGUAGGCCUUAUCCUGAAAAUCAAAUUCUGGAAAAAAAAAAAAAAAAGAAGCAAAUGUAUUUAAUUCAAAUCAGAAAAAGAUCCCCAGACUGCUAUCUGGUGAGGGGGCAUAUAACAAUAAAUCAGAAAAAUUUAUUAAGUUUAUAAUUUUUUCGAUUAUAUCAAAAUCUUAAAUUUAUUUCUUGAAGUAUACAUAAUCAACCUUAAACCCUAAUGGAAGAGAAAGGGGGUAUGAAAUGCUAGAAGCCAUUUCUAUUUGCCUUUAGUGCAUUUUUUUUUUAAUGUUUAUUUUUGAGGGAGAAAGAAAGAGAGAGAGAAUGGGGAAGGGUAGAGAGGACAGAGAGAGAGGGGGACAGAGGAUCUGAAGAGGCCCUGUGCUGACAGCAGAGAGCCCAAUGCGGGGCUGGAACCCACAAACUGUGAGAUCAUGACCUGAGCCAAAGUCGGAUGCUCAAUGGAAUGAGCCACCCAAGUGCCCCAGUGCAGUUUCUAACAGCUCUUGUAAGGUUGUAUUUCAGCUGAUACUAACAAUUAUACGAACCAGAUAGUGCCCCAAGAAUGUAGGUACAUUCUCAGUAGCAUGAAUACGCUGGCUUUAAAAAUCUCUGGGACUGUCUUCUCUUAACAAAACAAAACAAAACAAAGAAUAAAAAUGUUUUAUUGGAUUUGUCACACUAUCGCUUCUGUUUUAAAAGAAAAAGAUCAGUCCACAAAAUUGGAAUUCCUGUUAGCCCAAUUGAGUUAUUUUUUUUAUUACCUUCUGGGGAAAACCAAUACCAUAAGUAUGAAUCACUUCUACAUGAUACAUCUUACCCAAUAAUAAGAUACUCAAAACCUCGAGAAAUCCAACAAGAAGUGACUGACUGCUAACUUAAAUAGAUUUGGAAGAAAAUAUAUAUAUUCAUAUCAUUUCUUUGAUUCUCCAAAUUGAUUGCAUUGUGGCAACAACUGAUUAAAUUUGCCAUUAUUUUGUGCGUGUUAAUAAACCAUAUGCAUACAUGCUGUCUA